AUGCCGCCGUCGACCAGCAGCACCUCCUCGUCGGCAGGACGAAGGAACUCGUUCUACGCGCGCCACCACCGGAGCAACUCGGCCAACUCGACUGGCAGCGCGUCGAGCUCCAAGGGCAAGUCGUCUUCUCGGACGAGGAACCCGUCGCCCCUUGGCCUGAGCAAGCAGCAGACUGCCGUCCUCCUUGCCGCCUCGACCGCCUCGAAACGCUCGUCGAUCAGCUCUACCGCCUCCUCUUCGACCUCGGUGGCCUCGACAUCCACCUUUGCCACUUCUGGCCCCUCGACCUCGGCAGCGGCCAUUGCUGGCGCUGAGCCGCGCAACAUGCUGCUCGAGGACGAGUAUCAGGACGAGGUCAUCGCCCACAUGCACACCAUGGAGACGCAGACGAUGGCGUCGAUCGAGCUCAUGGACGUCCAGCCGGAGCUGCGGUGGUUCAUGCGUCCCUACUUGGUGGAUUUCCUCAUCGAGAUCCACCAGACCUUUCGCCUGCGGCCCGAGACGCUCUUUCUCACGAUGAACAUAGUCGACCGAUACGUGUCGAAGCGCAUCGUCUACAAGCGCCACUACCAGCUCGUGGGCUGCGCAGCGCUCCUCAUCGCGGCCAAGUUCGAGGACUCCAAGGACCGCGUCCCCUCGGUGGGCGACCUCAGCCAGAUGUGCUGCAACGCGUACGACGAGAGCGCCUUUACCCAGAUGGAGGGCCACGUCCUCUCGACGAUUGGCUGGACCCUUGGCCACCCUACCGCCGAGGCGUGGCUGCGCAUCGAAAGCGCUCGCGCCAAGGAGGACAUCAAGACGCUCAACGCAGCGCGCUUCCUCCUCGAGGCGAGCCUCUUCCAGCGCGAGUUCAUCGGCGUCACUUCGUCAGCCCUGACUCGCGGCGCCCUGAUCCUCGCGCGCCUCAUCUGCGGCCAGACGUCGCGCCUCCACCGCGCUGCCGUGACCGAGGAGCAGGAGGAGGCGGCCAACAGCGCCGCCCAGAUGCUCGACGCCUACCUGGUCGAGAGCCUGCAGGACCUCUCGGUCAUCCUCGUCAAGAAGCACUCGCACUCGCACUUUUCCAACGCCUCGACGCUCGUCUGCGACUGGUACCGCGCCCGCGCCGCGGCCGCCGCCGCUCCCGCCGGCCUGCUGCCUGCACAGGCGCUUCGGUCGGGCGAGGGCCGCAACGGAGCCGAGGUCGAUGAGGACGAGGACGACGACGAGGAUGUCGAGGACGACGACUCGAUGUGCUCGCGCUCGACGACGCCAUCGUCGAUGCUCUCGACUCCGUCCCGCUCGAUGGACGAGGACGAGGACGACGAGGACGAGAUGCCCGUCACGCCGCUCUCGCUCUACUCGCUCCACGACCCUCUGAGCUCGGCCGCCGCCGCCGCCGUGUCCAACAUGUCGGUCGACCGCGCAGCCUCGGUGCACCACCGCGGCGCAGCCUCCGAGGCGGGCAAGGAGAACCGCCCUCACCACCAGCACCACCAUUACGCGGCCGCAGCCGAGCGACAGCAGAAGCCGGCGCCGGUCAACGUCAAGGCGCCGACGAUUGUCGUCUCCGAGUCGAGGCCCGCGCUCAGCGCCAUGCCAUCGUGGCAGUGCAACGUCUAA